CCGCCUCCGGCCUCCAUUUCUGAACAGAGGCGACGCCGCUGCCGAUCUCAUGUCUUCGCCUUUUUUUACACAGAGUUGAUUCAUUGAACGAGACACUCUGUCGUUCUCUGUUAUCUAAAGGCCGAGACUCAAACGUCAAUUUAACGUUAGUCGAUAUUCACACAGUGGCUAAAUUGUAGCUAGCAUUUUAUUUCCAGUUUUAACUUUUACAAGCGGCGUUUUCCGCCGUUUCCCCCCCUCUUGAACGCCCCACUCACUCCCCCCUUGUGUGUGAGUAGGGGCCUGUUACGUUGCUUUGACCACGAGGCGCGUCUUUACACUCGGAACGGGACAAUGGCGGACUUCGGUAAUGGACUAGCGGAGGAACCGCUAAUAGAGCCUGACCCCGGACACCUGGACCAGCUAGAAGACCCGGAUGUCGGCGACGAGGAACCGGGCUUAGAAGAGGGGGAAGCCGCAAUCGAAGACCCGGAGCUGGAGGCAAUCAAAGCCCGGGUGAGAGAGAUGGAGGAAGAGGCAGAGAAACUGAAGGAGCUGCAGAACGAGGUGGAGAAGCAAAUGAAUCUCAGUCCCCCACCAGUUGGCCCAGUCAUCAUGUCUUUUGAAGAAAAGAUGGAAGCAGAUGGUAGAUCCAUAUACGUUGGAAAUGUGGACUACGGCGCCACUGCGGAAGAGCUUGAGGCACACUUCCAUGGCUGCGGUUCAGUAAACAGAGUCACCAUCCUGUGCGACAAAUACACGGGGCAUCCCAAAGGGUUUGCCUACAUCGAGUUUUCAGACAAAGAGUCUGUAAGGACAGCCAUGGCUUUGGACGAGUCACUUUUUAGAGGACGGCAGAUCAAGGUUGGCGCAAAGAGAACAAACAGACCCGGCAUCAGCACCACAGAUCGCGGCUUUUCCCGCGCCCGGUUUCGAUCACGGGGAGGGAAUUUCACGUCACGGGCGCGCUACUACAGCGGCUACACACCGCCUCGAGGCAGAGGACGGGCCUUCAGGGGCCGAGGGCGAGCACCGUGGUAUUCCCCUUACUAAACACCCACCACACACCCCCCACUCCCCUCAACCUUUUUACUAUCAACCCCCCUCCCUUCUCUGUCCCCGUUUAAAAACACACAAUGAGAAAAAAAAAAAACAGCCCUCCCCUUCCCCAACCAAAAAAAAAGAAGAGUCCCAGAAGAGAGAAACAAAAAGAAAAAAAAAACACUCGUGGACAGAGAGACUGACUGUCUGCUUUUGUAUGUGAGCGUGCGUGUGCGCAGGUUGGUGCGGCCCCCCCUUGGUAAGAUAUAUAUAUAUAUACGUUGGCUUUUCGGGGCAGGAAAGUUUUCUUUUCUUCUGUGUUGGCUUUGGGGGGGUGUGAAUGGGGUGGGGUGGGGGGGGGGGGGGGAGAAAGGAUGAGGAUGGUAUCUCAGGCUGCAGAUGUGUCUCCUUUGGUCUGGCUGUGACAUCCUGCUUCCACACAUCACCCCCACCACCAGGAAAAGAGUCAGGGGGGGAGGGGGCAUGAGACUUUUUUUUUUUGGGAGGGGGGUUAUUUUGUGUUGGAAUGUGAAACUAGGCAGGGUAGUUGUUUUAAGUUGUUUGUCAUUUCCUCUUU